AUGAGGCUGAAGGUCACCUUUCUGAUUUUUGUAGGAGGAGUAAAAGUUGCUCUUUCCACUCAGUGUUUCCUUUGGAACAAGAUAUUCCGGAAGUCAGAGGUUGUUACCGACCAGUCUCCUUUCAACUGGUAUCUGAAGUACCUUUCUCUUGACAUGUUUCGUGAACCUCUACUCUUUUAUCAGACCUUAGGAAACCAAGGUACAUCAAGUGGAAAUCUUAUGGUGCCUACGGGAGGCACCCCAAAAUUGGAUUGGCUCUCGAUGUUAACUAUGAACUUGUGGUAUUCGAGCGUCAUUAAUUAUAAACUUAUGGCAUCUUCUAAUGUCCACAUGGUAAGUACACCAGUAGUUGUGGGAAGUAUGGGUGAUGUUAGAUUAGAGGGAGAAUCGAAAAUCUUCGACCUAACCUUCAUGGAAAUCGCCUUUUGA